AUGGCUAUCGCAAUAUCGCAAGCGGUUCUAGCGCAUCGAAAUUCUGCAGCGACUUUCACGGUCCCUGGCUCAACGGAGCAACUAAAAUUCCAUAAUUACAGGGUAACCGGAAACAUGAUCAGCGGGGCCGCACAACAGCACAAAAAGCGGUUGAUACCGCUGCGUCGGACUGACGCGAUGACGUUGGCUGAGCGUCGGAACUAUCAGAUUCUAGAUGAUAUUUUUCGUUCUGGAGGUUCUGAUUGUUUUCAACAAGUCACGGCAAACAGUUCCAAUGAGAGUGGUAACCCUCAGUUUCUGAGGUUGAACAUUGGAGGAACGAGUUUUAUGAUCUUGAUCGAUGCGAUCCUUCGUGCUGAAUCAACUACAUUUCUCUCUCGAUUCAUCCAGCUCACACACACCGCCAGACUAAAAGUCGCUGACGCCUACAUCUCUUCUGACGACGCCUACUACUUUCAACGGUCACCGACCUCAUUUGAAGCAAUUUUUCAGUAUUAUGCUACUGGAGUCGUGCAUCGACCUUCUGAGAUUUGCCCUGCUUCGUUUCUUAGUGAGCUCGACUUUUGGAGGAUAUCGCAUCAGCAUGUUGGAUCUUGUUGUGCGGAUGUUAUUCCACAAAAACGGGAAGAAGAAAAGGAAGAGGAAAAAGUUGAUGAUACUACAUUCGAUAAACUAAUGUGCGGAAAACUAAGAAGGCGGAUGUGGACAUUUCUCGAAAGGCCUGGCUCCUCAAUGCAGGCAAAAGCUUUUGAGCUUUCAUCAACAUUAUUCGUGGCAAUUUCAGUUAUGGGUCUCUCUUUCGGAACAAUUCCUGAUUUUCAAGUAACACAUCUAAUGCCUCCUCACAAUGAAACAAUAGUACUACCAAAUGGAACGGUUACCGUAGUUCAAAAAGUCGAACAAAUGAGAGUAGAACAUCCAGCUUUUGUUUUCACCGAAAGGAUAUGUAUCGCAUUUUUUACUGUUGAGUAUUGCCUGCGAUUUUUCGCCGCUCCAAGAAAACUGAGAUUCGCAUUGAAACCAUUGAAUCUGGUCGAUUUAUUGGCCAUCGUCCCAUUCUACCUGGAGCUUCUUCUCACUCUUUGCGGAGUCGACGACCGGAAAUUGAGAGAUCUUCGAUGGGCCUUCUUGGUUGUUCGAAUUCUUCGAGUUCUUCGAGUUAUCCGAAUCAUCAAAUUGGGAAGAUUCUCAUCAGGACUUCAAACGUUCGGAAUGACACUUCAAAGAUCACAGAAACAACUACAAAUGAUGACAAUCGUACUUCUGACGGGAGUUGUAUUCUUCUCCACGAUGAUAUAUUUCUUGGAGAAAGAUGAGGAAGGAACACCAUUUACAAGUAUUCCAGCAGCGUAUUGGUGGUGUAUUGUAACAAUGACAACAGUUGGAUAUGGAGAUGCAGUACCUGCUACAACUAUGGGAAAAAUCAUUGCAUCAGCAGCAAUUAUGUGUGGAGUACUUGUGCUUGCUCUACCUAUCACUAUCAUUGUCGACAACUUCAUCAAAGUGGCUCAAGACGAACAACAAGCAGAGCAACAAAAAAUAGAUCAGCAUAGUGAACAACUCGCGUUGGAAGCCAUGCUUAAUGCCCAUGACUAG